AUGUCAGCCUCAAAAUUAUCACAAGAGCAAGUGAAUGGUCUGAGGGCCACUUUUGAUCACAUUGAUCAAGACCUGGAUGGUAAAGUUUCUGUGGCAGACCUGAAGUCUACACUGGUGAAUCUGAGAGAAACUCCAGACGAUGGUGAAAUCACGGCGAUGAUAAAGGAGGCCGGAGGAUCUACUCAAAAAGGAUUCAACUUCUCGAGUUUUCUGACGUUGAUGUCGAGUCAUUUGGAGAAGCUUCCCGAUUCCGCAGACCUCAAAGAAGCAUUUGAAGUGUUCAGCAAAGAUGGCACAUGCGAUCUGGGUGAACUGAGAACAGCUUUGAAUGAGGCCAAGGUGAGAAAUGGAUUUCCAGAAAAGGACAUGACUGAUAAAGAUAUAUCCAAAGUGCUGAAGGAAUUUUCGAAGAGCAACGGGAUAACAGGCAAGGACAAGUUCAUGGUGGAUCAGUAUCUUUCCAAUCUUAACUAG